GGGAGCGGCUCGGCACGGAUCGGGGCGCGCGCGCGGCAGAGCAGGAACCGAGCGCGGAACGGGGCGCACUCUGUGGCGCAGUAGCCUCGCGUGGCGCGGCCGGGCAGGCGGAGGCCACCGCAGCCGCUGCGGGAGAUGCCGCCGCCCUCAUCGUGAAGAAUGCGAGACCUAUCGGCUCAGGUAACGAGCAGUCUGCUGCAGUUUCCAGAGGUGACUACUCAGGCACUUGGGCAAGAUGAGAUAACCCUAGAUUCUGUGCUGAGCGGGAAGUUUUCUGGAGGGAGAAAUGGUUUGGCAUGGUUGGCGUGUGGUCCUCAACUGGAGGUAGUGAACUCUGUGACGGGAGAACGGCUCUCUGCUUACCGUUUCAGUGGUGUAAAUGAACAGCCUCCCACCAUUCAUGUGGUAAAGGAGUUUUCCUGGCAGAAGAGAACGGGACUGCUGGUUGGGUUGGAAGAAGCAGAGGGAAGUGUUCUCUGUCUGUACGACCUUGGAAUAUCGAGAGUGGUUAAAGCAGUUGUUCUUCCAGGAAGGGUAACUGCUAUAGAACCCAUAACGAAUCACGGAGGAGCCAGCGUGAGCACUCGGCACCUACAUCAGAGUCUGCGAUGGCUCUUUGGAGUGGCAGCAGUGGCUACAGAUGUUGGUCAUCUACUUCUGGUGGACCUUUGCUUGGAUGAUUUAUCUUGCAGUCAGAAUGAAAUAGAAGCAUCGGAUCUAGAAGUUGUCACUAGAAUUCCUGCUGAAGUUCCACAAAGAAGAGAAACUGUGACCAGAGAAGGGAGACAUCUCUGCUUUCAACUACAAAAUCCUUCAGGAACAGCAAUAUCGACCCUGUGCUACAUAAGCAGAAGCAAUCAGCUCGUUGUGGGUUUUUCAGAUGGCUACCUGUCACUGUGGAAUAUGAAAACUUUGAAGAGGGAGCACCACUCUCAGCUUGAAGGAGGAAGGAUUCCUGUCUAUGCUGUUACUUUUCAGGAGCCUGAGAAUGAUCCUCGCAAUUGUUGCUACUUGUGGGCUGUUCAGUCUACACAAGAAAGUGAAGGUGACGUUGUGAGUUUACAUCUGUUGCAGUUAGCAUUUGGUGACAGAAAACGCUUGGCCUCAGGACAAGUCAUGUAUGAGGGUCUGGAAUACUGUGAUGAAAGGUACAGUUUAGAUCUUACGGGUGGAGUCUUUCCCUUGAGAGGGCAGACCAGCAAUACCAAACUACUGAGCUGUCAGACCGUAGAAAAAUUUCGCAACCAUGUUGACAGAGAGGAUAGUGUUAAUGAAGUAAUAUCGCCUGACACCAGUGUAUCAAUCUUCAGCUGGCAAGUGAAUACAUAUGGUCAGGGAAAAGCAUCUGCUUAUUUGGGUGUAUUUGACAUUAAUCGCUGGUAUCAUGCUCAAAUGCCAGAUUCACUAAGGCCAGAAGAAUUCCUUCAGGAUUGCCCCUAUUUUGCGUUGUGGUCACUGGAUACUGUAAUAAGCAUGACUUCUCCAAACCCCAUUUUGGAUAUUCUGGUACACGAGCGGAGUCUAAGUCGGGGAGUUCCUCCUUCUUAUCCACCACCUGAGCAGUUUUUUAACCCAAGCUCCUACAAUUUUGAUGGUACGUGCUUGCUGAACUCUGGAGUUGUUCAUAUGACUUGCACCGGCUUCCAGAAGGAGACCUUGAAUUUUUUAAAGAAAUCUGGUCCUUCUAUAAGUGAAGCCAUUCAUGAUAGCUACAACAGGUGUCUUGUAGCUGGCUUGCUGUCUCCAAGACUAGUUGAUGUCCAGCCAUCCAGUUUGAGUCAGGAGGAGCAGUUAGAAGCGGUAUUGUCAGCUGCUGUCCAGACAGGUUCUUUAGAACUUCUGACUGGAUGCAUUAAACAUUGGGCAUCUGAAGCGCAGCCAAGUUCUGCUGCUAAUUUACGGUUUGUUCUUGAGUGGACAUGGAACAAAGUGAUCUAUACAAAAGAUGAGUUUGACCAAAUAUGUGUUCCGCUGUUUGAUGGCUCUCGCAACUUUGUUGACCCGCAGACGUUACAGUCUCUUCAGCACUGCCAGUUGCUUUUGAGCAACCUUAGCACGGUCUUAACCUGUUUUCUAACAGAAGCACAAGAGCUUACUGAAAAAGGUUUUGCAGACUUGACAAACAAGCAGGUGGUCACUGGCCUCCUUUCUUUGUAUGCACAAGUGAUCAUCUGGUUCUGUCGAUCCAGUCUCCUUCCAGAGGGUUUAGAUGAUGCUAUGCAUUUGGGUAGACCUUUCUACAAUUACCCUCUGAUUCAGAGCUACUACACUGGUCAUCGACAGAAACUUGAGCGUUUAUCAAGAGGAAAAUGGGAUUCUGACUGCUUGAUGAUUGAUGGAAUGGUUUCCCAGUUAGGAGACCAAGUUGAGAAGUUGUGGCGGAGAGAUGAAGGAGGAACUGGGAAAUACCCACCUGCUAGUUUACACGCACUGCUGGAUCUCUAUUUGCUAGAAAGCAUUGAAGAAAGCUACAAACAUGCAAUUACAAUUUACUUGCUGCUAGAUAUCAUGCAUUCCUUUCCGAAUAAAACAGAAACUUCAAUCGACUCCUUCCCAACUGCCUUUGCUAUCCCUUGGGGACUUGUUAAGCUUAUUCAAGGUUUUUGGCUUCUAGAUCACAAUGAUUACGAAAAUUCACUGGCCCUGCUCUUUCAUCCAGCUACAAUCAAAACAGUGUCAUGGCAGCACGUGAGAAUUAUUCAAUCCCUGAUGUGCCAAGGAGAGCAUAGGCGAGCCCUCAGAUACAUACAGAUGAUGAAGCCAUCAAUGUCAAGCAGCAGUGAAGUGCGGCUUUUCCUCACUGUGUUGUUGUCCAAUAGGUGCGUGGUGGAGGCUUGGGGUCUGCUGCAUCAACAUGCCACGAAGUUAAACAUCGAAGAGCUGUUAAAACACAUGUAUGAAAUCUGUCAGGAGAUGGGACUAAUGGAAGACUUACUGAAGCUACCUUUCACAGGCACUGAACAAGAGUGUUUGGAGAAGUUUUUACAGAGCGAUGCUGCUGUUCAGAAUCCUGAAUUUCUUUUAGUCCACCAUCUGCAGCAUGCCAACUAUAUCCCAGCGCUGCAGUUGAAUCAUUCAAUGAACGUUAAUCUUAUGAAUGAUCGUGAGCCUCGCUUGAGAGAGAGAGCAGUUGCCAGAAAUUCUAUAUUAGACCAAUAUGGCAAGAUCCUUCCUAGAGUUCAAAGGAAGCUGGCUGUAGAGAGAGCCAAGCCUUACCACUUGCCUUCAUCGGUCUCAAGAGAAGUCGCAAGACCAAAGCCAUUAUCAACAAUAACAAAACAAGCAAAUGCAGGAAAUGUGCAUACAAGAGCAACGUUCAUCAGCAAUGUAUUGUCCAAAAUUGGAGAAGUAGGGGUAGACAAUGAGCAGAAAACCAGUUGCUCAUGCCGUGAUAGGCCUAGAGCUACAGAACCACCAGUCAUAACACGUCCUCUCCCGGAUGCAGAGUUGCCCGAUGCAUUUGUUGGGACACCUAUUACAAAAUUUUCACGAACCUAUUCCAGAUUGCUGGAUUUGGUGGUUCGUCCUAUUCCUUCAUGUUCUGCAGCACAGGGUGGUAGCUGGCAGUCACCAUGCAGAGCUUCUACUUCAUUCAUGGCAUCCAGCCCAUUGAAAUCAAAUAUGAAUGGUUCCAUCUCACAAAAGAAUUUUUCGAGAGCGUCAGAGCUGAAUUUACUGGCGACGCCUCUUGUGGUUAAGAGAGCUAAAGUUUUGGCCACAGCUGCUUCUGGUUUUCCUGCGUUUACUCCUCAGUCUAUUCUCAGAUCCAGCCUUCGCGCUACACCCCUAGCAACUCCCUCUGCAUCUCCAGGACGAUCAGUUACUCCUCCUCUACGAGCAAAGGAGCCUAGAAUAUCUUUCAGGGAAGAGAACUCGAAUGCAAAAUGGACUGUUGGGGUAACGGAAGAUAAUAAAGCACCGUCUGGAGUUUCAUCUGAGCAUCAUCACGGAGUGGUGGAGGAUGCUUGGUCUGAAAGUAGAGAUAAACCAACUCUGUUUCCUCUGAGCAAUCCCGAGGAUGAUGGUGCUGAAAUGGAAGAGUCUGGAGAUGGUUUGGAGAAAAUGGAUGUCAGCAAAGAAAACAGUAACUUCUCUGCCAGGUCAGACCAAACUGCUUUGGAGUAUCAUGAUGCAAAAUCACCUGGCGAUUUUGAAGAUGAUGUCAUCUUUAUAGCUGCUAAUCCAGCUAAUUCUUCCACUGAAGAAACUGCCGAUUUUGAAGAACUGGAGAAGGAGGAAGACAGUGAAAUAGUUGAAGAGAAACCCUUCCCGAUGGAACAACCAGGUUCAUCAGAACUAAGAAAAGCAGCUGGAUUUGUGGAAGAAUCAAAUGCUGAACGUCUUACCCUUCCUGAGGAUGGUAAAUUGUUGUUUAAAGCUGCUGAGGCUGCUACUUCUGGGACUGCAAGUGAAGGUGAAGCAAACCAGCAGGAGUCCAAAAUGUCCUCUUCAUCAGAAGAAAAAGCCAUACCAGUUGCAACAAACCCACAGCUUUCUGAAUCCCCGCAGGCAGAGGGUGAAUCUGUGAUACGUAUCCUUGACAGCGAGGAUGUGGUCAGUACUCAUUCAGAAAAUUGCCUUGAGGGGAAGUGUGUGGAUUUACCUGAAGAACGCAACCCAGAAGCAGCUGAAGAUGAAGGAAACGUUCCUUUUCCACAGGAAGAAGUGACUGUUUCUAACAAUCUUCCUAAAACUGAGGAAAUUAAUGUUAUUGAAGAUGGUGCGGUUAAGGCACAAACCUCAGAAGAAGCACCUGAAACAUCACCAUAUAGUGAACUACAUCCCUCAGACAAUCUUCAGUACAGCUAUGAUACUACAGAGCAACGGUUUGCAUGUCAUUUGCCUGAUCAAAGAGAUGGUGAAUGUGAUGCAGCUGAGGGAGAUGGAGAGCUUUUUCUAUCUCAGAGUAAUUUUACUUUAGUCUUGGAAGGAGAAGAAGGUGAAGCAGAGAUGGGAGACCCUACAUUAGUAGAUGCUUCUAAAGCAGCUGGCACAACAACAGAGGAAAAACCUGUCAGCAGUUUAGGAAAUACUGAAAACCAAGAACAUGUUACCAACUCGGUGUCCACUGUAACUAGUGAUCAGGAAUCUCAAAAUAUUGCAGAGUCGCUCCCGUAUGUGCCUGAACCCAUUAAGGUAGCUAUUGCUGAGAACUUACUGGACGUCAUCAAAGACACAAGAAGUAAAGAAUUUACAUCUGAAGUUGUAGAACAAUCUAUUCAUGAAACCAUAGGUAAAAAGGUAACUGGGUUCCAGAAGGCAAAAGCUCCCUUAAGAACCGUGCCAGAAGGAGAGGAAGACGAAACCAGCGUACGUCAAGUAGAGUACGGCAUCGCUCCUAGAACACGUGCAAGGGGACAACUGAGUAGAAGUCUAAGUACUCCAUCGGCAGGCACUCAGCAGCUACCGAAGACAGGCAAACCAGGUCUGUUUGCACUGUCUCCUAGGAGAAGUACCAGGCGAACAAAAGAAGCACCCGAGACUUCUAGUCUUCAAACAGAAGAAAAUGCUCAAGAGGAGCAAAUGCUUGUGAUGCCUGUUACUCCUAGGAGAGGCAGGAAGCCUAAACCAAGCACUGCAGAAAAAGUAGAAAGCAGUCUUUCUGAGGGACGAACAUUGUCCCUCCGUACACAGUCCAUAGCUGCUACUCCAAGAAGAGGAUUAAGGAGAGCGAAGGAAGCUGCAGCUGAACUCUUGGAAGAGGCUGAUGAGGAAACUUCUCUUGCUGAAGGUAGCAUUAUCGCUUCUGCUACUUCCCAAAGGACUAGAGGAGGGAAAAGUUCAGCAGGAGGUCAAGAAACUGGCCAGAUUGACACUGGUCAUAAGAUAAAAACGUCAGUCAGUCCCAGCAGAAGUGCAAGAAAACUGAAAAGCGUUAAUUUACAAUUUAUGGAAAAUAUUGUCAAGGAUCAAGAGGUGCAGCCUAGUGCCCAACUCCUUUUACCGGUGCCAACUAAAAGAGGCAGAAGAAGAAAGAUGAGUUCAUCAGAAGUUUCAGAAAAUUCUGACCUUGAUCUGUCUAAAUCAUCGCUUCCUCAAACAGAAUUCAAACCUCCCGUCACUCCGAGAAGAAGUGCCAGGAAGGGGGCACAAAAUCUCCUGGCAGACACAGAAUCUCUCUCUGCUCAGGAAGACGUGCGUGCAGGUGGGAAAUUGGGAAUUCUUGGUACUCCUAAGAGAAGAAUAAGAAGAGUCCCACAUGCUAAACUAGAAAAAACGGAUGCUCCUGAGCAAAGAGCUGCUCAGCCAAACGAGGAAUCAAGCACACCCAGGACUACAGUAAGAACAGGGCAUCGGGGCAGAAAGAGACGAUUAGUAUUGGAGGAGAGCGCAGGGGAGGAGGCCUUCCCCCAAGGACCUGGUGGCAGCCCUUUGCUGCUUGAAGAGAGAAACCCAUCAGGACAUGCUGAAACAUCAAGAACUUUAACAGGUCGUAUUACAAGAACCAGAUCCCGUAAAACUUCUAUGCUUCAGAAACUGUCUCUUGAGGAAAAUGAGUCCUUCCUUUUCUCUCCUCCUCUCACUAAGCUGACAAAGAAAUUUAAAGCUGGAAAAGCAGACCAUCCUGUGCAGCUUAAGGAUAUAGACCCGGACUUGUCUUCUCAAUUUGUCUUUUCACCCCCUCUGUUGAGGUCAAGGAGAAAAAAUGAAUCUAGUAUUUCCCAAAUUGUGAAAGAACCAGACCUUCCAACUAAAGAGGAAGAGGAUACCAAAUCCAUAGAGUCUGUGGGAAAACAAAAAUUGAAGAGAGGUAGAGCUGCAAAAUCAAAAAUGAAAAAAGCAAGCAAAACCACAAGAAAAGAAGGUUCUUGGUCACCUCCACCAGUGGAAAUAAAAUUCAUCUCUCCUUUUGGAAGUCCAGUGGACGGAACAAAAAGCAAGCAGCAAGAAACCGCAGAUGCAGCAGAGAAGAUGCUACGAAAGAACAAAAAAAGACUGUCUAAUUUUCCAAAGCCAGUUGGGCGCCGGAAGAUGCUGUAACUGUUUUUUAAGUUUAUACUGUACACCACUGUUUGUAAAGUCAUCAAAAUUGUGUGGGUUAGUAAAAAGAAAAAAAAUCACCUAAUUUGGAAGAGAUAAUUUAUAUAAAUUAUUGUAAAAUUUCAUAAACAAAUGGUCUUCAGUAAGUAACUCCAUAUGGAGUGUGAUUUCUUCAGUCAAUGCAGUUUUCUAUUUUAUAUUAAGACUUCAUACAUUUAUAUAAUAUGUAAAUACAGCUUAUUUUAGGAAUGUUAAAUAAAAAUGUAUACUUCACAAUA